UUUGCCUCCCUACCCUGCUGGAUCUUGGUGGCGGGAGGGCGAAACGUCCUGCGGGGGAAACGUCUGGGGCGGGUUGUGAAAUCGAAGAAGAAGCACAGACACAGCUCCCUCUUUUAAAAGGGACAGCUUUAAGUAAGCUAACGAGAGACUCUGAGUGUGAUUUCUGAAUGGAAGCGGACGGUUUUAUGAGCAGACGACUGAUGUCGGCGGAGACCACCGGCGGGAACACCGGGGUCGCGGGAGCUUCGGCAGGGGCAGAGAUCCGAUGGAUUGGCGGGAGGAUCUGGGGCGUUUCGGAGGGGAUUGUUGGAAGUUUGUCGCCGAGGAUUGGAGUGGAGUCAGAACUUCAGACAGGUCAACCGCGCUCCCCACCUGAGCCGGCAGGAACUCCCGAGCCAGACUAUGAGUGUCUCCCGCAGGGGGCAUCCACUAGCACCCACAUGUUGGCAGGAGCGGUUGCUGGAGUCAUGGAGCAUUGCUUGAUGUAUCCUAUUGACUGCGUCAAGACGCGCAUGCAGAGCCUGCAGCCAGAUCCGGCCGCCCGCUAUCGCAACGUGAUGGACGCGCUGUGGCGCAUCGUGAGGACCGAGGGCGUCUGGAGGCCCAUGCGGGGGCUCAACGUCAUGGCAACGGGGGCGGGGCCAGCCCACGCCCUCUACUUCGCCUGCUAUGAGAAGCUGAAGAAGACACUGGGCGAUGCCAUCCACCCGGGGGCCAACAGCCACCUGGCAAACGGAGCUGCCGGGUGUGUCGCCACUCUGCUUCACGAUGCUGCCAUGAACCCCGCAGAAGUGGUGAAACAGAGGAUGCAGAUGUACAACUCCCCAUACCGCAGCGUUUUAGACUGUAUUGCUGCCGUUUGGCAGAAAGAAGGCGCCGGUGCGUUCUACCGCAGCUACACCACCCAGCUCACCAUGAACGUGCCCUUCCAGGCCCUGCACUUCAUGACCUACGAGUACCUGCAGGAGGCGCUAAACCCGCACAGACAGUACAACCCCUCCUCGCACGUGGUGUCGGGUGCGCUGGCGGGGGCGCUGGCGGCGGCAGCCACCACGCCGCUGGACGUCUGCAAGACGCUCCUCAACACGCAGGAGUCGCUGGCGCUGCGGUCGGUGAGCCAGAGCGGCCGCAUCUCCGGGCUGGCCCACGCCUUUCGGACGGUCUACAGGCUGGGCGGCCUGCCCGCCUUCUUCAAGGGCGUGCAGGCCCGCGUCAUCUACCAGAUGCCCUCUACCGCCAUCAGCUGGUCCGUCUACGAGUUCUUCAAGUACAUCAUCACCAAGCACCAGCACGGCAACAGGAGGCGGGACCGGGACGGGGAGAAGUAGCCAGGAUCCAUCCCCAUCCCCCCCAAGCCCCAUUUUCCUAACUAAUGUAAUGUAGGGAGGAGACAGCAACCACCCCCCCACCCCCCCCAACAGGACUUAACAGAAAAUCGAUGAAGCGCACAUUAGAAGCCAGAAAGCUCUCUCUCUACGCUGUACCUCUCUACCAAGAAGAAAGUUAAUGAGAGUAACAGUGUUCCACGCACAACCAAGCAGAUGCGGGCAUGACAUGACACAGAAGCAGUCACGCACAAUGUAGAAAGUACAGAAUCAAAGGCACUUAAUGCUUUCCAUUCAGGAUUUUACUUCUGAGUGCAUUUCCUAUAUGGCCCACCAGGGGGCACUACAAUUCUAUCAAAAAAACGCUCCGAAAGAAACACUAUUUCAAGGUUGUAAUGCAGCAAUAAGUUGUCAGAGGAUACAGUUGAGCAUUAAAAUGUGAAGAUCCUAAGUCACUUAAUGUGCUCUGAUUACCCGUUCAAAGGCUUGUGAGAGAGGUACAUUAUUCUGGGGCCUUGUGUCUGUACUCUAAAUCAGGAAUUGUAUUAAAAGUGUAAGAUAAAUGCAAAGAAGCUGACAGUGUAAAAAAAUGCCAUUUUAUGUAAUAAUUAGAUGACCAUACAUAUUUUAAUUUAUUAGAGCUAUUUUUCCUGUAUUUGAACUAAAGUCAAUUACAAUAUCCCACAAUUUUCCCAUUAUAAGACAACAGACACCCUACUGACAGAUUACAGACAUUUAAACAACAACACAAAACUGCCUUGACAAUGUCAGAUUUUCAUCUGCAGAGACUGUAAACACAGCAGGAUGUUCCUUUGCUGAAGAGCUGAAAUGUACCAGAAGGCAGUCUUUGGUCAAGCAGGGCAGGCCUGGGUGUGUGUAACUGAAUACAGGGCUGCCUUAUGGAACAGAGUUUGAUGAGAGUCUACAGCAAGGCGCUGUCUAUAUACAGACAAAAUUCAAGCCAUAUACCGGUGCCGCUGCUGACGUAGCGUAGCGUCCAUCAAGACAAAAGCACUGUUUGCAGAGAAACAUCUUUGUGUUUUUCUGGCACCGUAAUGCUUCAGACAUGGGGUCACAUCCACAGUGUUUGCUGAAGGGAGACUUGGUGCGGGCCUUGUGGACCUUGCUUUCCCAGAAGGCUCCUGCCUUGUUACGAGCAUGCCCAGGUGUCAAAAACAAGUGUCAUGUUUGAUAGCAGUGUGUGUUAGCUGUUGAACAUGACCCAAGAUGACCCAGCUGUGGUUUGUCAAGUGGUUGUUGGAGGUAUAGCCAUGUAGAUGUGGUCAGGUAGCUUAAUGAAACUGCAUUUUCUGAACGGUUUUAAACUCUUCUUAUAUGAUGGCUGUUAGAUAAUGAAAUCCUUUGACUAAACUGAUUUUGUUUUUUAGAACACGUCAGCCCAUGUAUACGCUUUAACUUUAUUCUGGCCUUGCCUCGCCACUCAACCACUUAAUAUACCAGUAGUUCAACAUGGAUAAAAUUUACUCUCAGACUAGAAACCAAAGAGUGAAGGAUAGCCACUUAUGCAGGUGUGAACGGUCCUCAGUUUCCAGAUUUAAAAUGCCUUUUACCUGUUUGCUGUCAUUAGACAAAAAUUCUGAAGAUGACCUCUCUUACAGUGCUGCGGUAUUUGCUUGCCAGGUAACCAUCAUGGUUAAUCUGCCAAAUCACCAAUAGGAUAGUUGUAGGGGUUUUUAGUGCGGAACGUGGCCAUUAGAGCCAAAACUGUUACUGAACCUGAACAAUGGAAUACAUGGUUUGUGUUUGGCAGGCCGAAACCAAUUUUUAUUUUAUUUAUUUAUAUUUUUUAACCAACUGUGAAUGGAAUCAAUCCCCAUCGGUAAUCUCUCUCACGGCCCUGUAAACGUCCGUCUGACUCUGAUGACAAUAAAAACACUGGGAGUGGUAGUUUUCUGAAAGCUGCCUGCCCGAGCUGGAACCACA